CGAAAACCCUACAGGAGAGAGUAUAAAACCCUCAGCUGCUCUGCUCCUAAGGACACACAAAACAAAACCAAAGGCAAAAAAAAUGUUAAAUUCACUUUGCUUCAUCUUUGUAAUCCUCUUUGUCUUCUCCCCUUUUGCAUCCUCUACCUUAUUGUUCCAGGGUUUCAACUGGGAAUCAUCCAAAAAGGCUGGUGGAUGGUACAAUUUUCUCCGGAACUCUGUUUCCGAUAUCGCUGCCGCCGGUGUUACUCAUGUUUGGCUCCCACCGCCCUCCCAGUCAGUCAGUCGCGAGGGAUACUUGCCGGGAAGGCUAUAUGAUCUCGAUGCAUCGACGUAUGGAUCUCAGGCCGAAUUGAAGUCAUUGAUUGAUGCUUUCCAUCAAAAGGGAGUCAAAUGCGUUGCUGACAUUGUGAUAAACCAUAGAACAGCCGAGAGGCAAGAUAGCAGGGGUAUAUACUGCAUUUUCGAAGGUGGAACUUCCGAUGAUCGACUAGAUUGGGGACCAUCCUAUAUUUGCAGAGAUGAUCUCAUCUAUGGUGAUGGCACCGGGAAUCUCGACAGCGGAUUGCUCUAUGAACCUGCCCCGGAUAUUGAUCAUCUCAAUCCGGUGGUACAAAAUGAGUUAUCAGAUUGGUUGAAUUGGUUAAAGACUGAAAUUGGAUUCGAUGGAUGGCGAUUCGAUUUUGUAAGAGGGUAUGCCCCGAGCAUAUCCAAACUCUAUAUGGAUCGAACUGCUCCGGACUUUGCUGUCGGGGAGAAAUGGGAACAGUUAAACGAAGGACAAGAAGAUUCACACCGUGCUGACAUAAAAGAUUGGGUUGAAGCUGCCGGAGGUGUUGUGACUGCAUUCGAUUUCACUACGAAAGGGAUUCUGAACGACGCGGUGCAAGGGAAGUUAUGGAGAUUGAAGGAUUCGAAUGGAAAACCUCCUGGACUGAUUGGAAUUCUACCUCAAAAUGCUGUAACUUUCAUUGACAACCAUGACACUGGAUCCACACAAAAUCAAUGGCCAUUCCCAUCUGAUAAAAUAAUGCAGGGAUAUACUUACAUCCUAACCCAUCCUGGCAUCCCAUCCAUAUUUUAUGAUCACUUAUUCGAUUUCGGGUUGAAGGACGAGAUUAAUAGACUGGUGGCAAUCAGGAAUAAGAAUGGGAUUCAAAGCACAAGCACGGUUAAUAUUCUGGCAGCGGAAUCUGAACUUUAUAUUGCUGCCAUUGAUGAUAAAAUCAUAAUGAAGAUUGGACCAAAGAUGGAUCUUGGAAACCUUGUUCCUUCCAGUUACCAGCUUGCUACCUCUGGUAAUAACUAUGCAGUAUGGGAGAAGAAGUGACCAAAUUGAAUAAAUGAUUUAAAAACAGACACAAAUUGUCAUUUCAGAUUAUGUUCUAAAGACUGGCCAUUUGUUGUAUCUUUAACAACUAGGAAAAAUUCUGCUUUUCCAUGUAAAGAAUAAAUCUAAUAAUUUAUGAAUUAUUACUGCUU